UUGGUUACAUCCAAGUCCUAGUGUUCACAAUUCCCAGUUUCCUUAAUUACUCCACCCUUUUUUUUUCAAAUUUCAUUCUAAAUAUAUAAUUAUCCACUGUUUUCUUUUUUUAUGAUAACCGGUUCACCAUCUGUGAUUAAUAAAUGAAGAGGUUGAAGAAAAGCUUGAGUGAUCAGCCACAUGAGUCAGUGUCAUUAGAUCGGGAGAAUAACCCUGUUUGUAAUAUGGUUUCAGAGGCGAGAUGGGGUUUGAAUUCCAUGAGAUUUAUGGGAUUUGUCUUUGUUUGUUUGAUGGUUUUGACGGUUGUAUUCUCGGCCUCUGUUAUACUCAGAGACUUGCCUUCUGAUAGCCGACUCAGGAUUUUGGCUGAAGCUAGACUCUUUGAUGUUAUACCUCCAAAUGCCACAGUUUCAGAAGAUGGUAGUCAUCGGCCAGUCACGGUGCAGAAAGAUAAACUGCUCGGUGGCCUUCUUCCUUCUGGAUUUGAUGAAAGAUCUUGUCUGAGUAGACAUGAGUCAGUCUUAUAUCAUAAAGAACUGCGCCAGAAGCCUUCUUCUUACCUCAUCUCAAGGUUACGGAACUAUGAGGCUCUCCAUAAGCGAUGUGGACCUCAUACAGAAUUAUACAACAGAAGUGUCAAGCUUAUCAAAUCUGGUCAAUACGGAGGUUCUGCAGAUUGUAAUUACUUAGUUUGGAUAUCCUAUAGUGGUUUAGGAAAUAGGAUACUAACCUUAGCUUCUGCUUUCCUAUAUGCUCUGCUUACAAAUCGAGUCCUCCUUGUUGAUCCUGGAGUUAAUAUGCCUGAUCUCUUCUGCGAACCUUUUCCGGGCGUUUCUUGGUUACUUCCUCCAGAUUUCCCUAUAAUCAGUAAGUUUAGCACCUUUGAUCAGAAAUCUCCUCAUUGCUAUGGUUAUAUGGUGAAGAAUGAUAUCGUCGGCAAUUCAUCUGGCUCAAUAGUACCUCCCUUCAUCUACCUUCAUUUAGCUCAUGAUUAUGAUGAUCAAGAUAAAUUAUUUUUCUGUGACGAGGAUCAAAGUUUUAUCCAGAAAAUCCCUUGGCUAGUCAUGAGGACCGAUAAUUAUUUUGUGCCAUUUCUUUUCUUGAUCCCAUCGUUUGAGCAAGAGUUAGAUAAUCUUUUUCCAGAAAAAGAAACCAUAUUCCACUUUCUGAGUAGAUACCUUUUCCAUCCCACAAAUUCUGUAUGGGGGCUUGUUAUGAGGUAUUAUCAAGCUUAUUUAGCCCAAGCAGACGAAAAACUAGGAAUUCAAAUUAGAGUCUUUGAUACAGGUGUUGGUCCUUUUAAGUAUUUUCUGGAUCAGAUCUUCGCUUGUACAAUGAAGGAGAAUCUGCUGCCACGAAUUAACCGGGGGGAGCCUAUAGUCAACCCAUCCGGGAAGCAGAAGACGAUAGCCAUCCUGAUAACUUCUCUAAGCCCUGGAUAUUUUGAAGAGUUCCGAAACAUGUACUGGGAACAUCCCACUGUGACAGGAGAGAUCGUUGGCGUUUACCAGCCGAGUCAGGAGAAACAUCAACAAAGUGAGAAGCUUAUGCAUGAUAGAAAGGCGUUGGCAGAAAUGUAUCUACUGAGUUUAACUGACAAAUUGGUUACAAGUGCAUGGUCGACUUUCGGAUAUGUGGCUCAUGGUCUUGGAGGUUUGAAGCCUUGGAUCCUAUACAAGCCUGAGAACAAGACAGCUCAUAAUCCGCCUUGUGUUCGAGCUGCAUCAUUGGAGCCGUGUUUCCACGCCCCACCUUACUAUGAUUGCAAAAAGAAAACUGGAACAGAUACAAGUAAAAUUGUUCCUCAUGUGAGGCACUGCGAGGAUGUGAGCUGGGGUUUAAAGCUAUUUGACCAUAAUAUUAUAACCAUGUAGGCUGUUAGCUGUAUUCACUUCUGUAAAGUUGAGCAAAAAGGUUUUUUCCUUUCAAGUUGCAUUUUUCUCUCUGGAGAAAUGAAAGCUGGUGAAGAGUUGAUCAAAUCUUAGUCUUCAGGUUUGCAAUUUUUUUUAUUUUUUUAUUUUUUUUCACUCUGCAUUGAGAAGCCGAAACCUUGUUAGCUGAUCCAAAGAGUGCGCAGAAU